AUGACGUUUGAUUCAGUGGACGUAGCAAUUCGCUUAUGUGCUGGCUAUUUGGUUCCCGCACAUUUUAUGCUAGGCGUUUGUGAAUGUAUUCUUGAAAUUUUGUAUUUGACCAAUAUUAUAUUUUUAAUAUGCUAUUUUCAGGUGGUUCCGGUUCUGCUCAUCGUACUAAUAUCGAAGAGUCAGUGUGAACUAACGAACUUAUACAACUACAACAGUAAUGGAAAAGACGCAUCACAAUUUGGAAAUUUAUUGAAACCACCUCCGCCACCACUUUUACCGAUUAUCCCAGUGCCAUUUCACGGAGGGUCAGGAAAGAUUCGUCAAAAUAAUGACUUGGGUUAUGAAUUUCAGUCUCCGCCACCACCUCCUCUAGUGCCGCAGAUCUCACCAGGGAAAGAAUUCAAAUUCCCUGCACCUUUUUAUAAGCAGUACAAUUUUAACUUCGUACCAGCACCUCACCCAUUCACAACAACCCCGUCACCUGGUUUGUUUCAAAAGGUUUCUAAUUGGCUCUUUCCUUCUCAACAAACAUCAUCUGAUAAAGAAUCACAAACCGGCUAUAAUUAUAAUAUAGCGCCUUUAAAGAAAGAUUGUAACCCAUGCAACUCGGUGCCUUGGAUCCCAGUUAUAAGAUAUGAUUUAACAUCGAAUACUGUACGUCAAAAUAAAAAUCCAACUUAUGGACCUCCCAGUCCAACAGCUAAAACUAAUAAUAAUUUUGGACAAAACUUACCACAACACUUUAAUUUCCAGAAUAGUAAUGGUAAACCAGUUCAAAUUUCAACUGGCAUACCUCAUACCCAUUAUGGACAACCCGCUCUCUCUUACUCUAAUAAUCAAUUUAAGUCUCCGAGUUCAACCUAUGGUCCUCCCAGUCCUACUCAUACAAUAAACAUCUCAACACAAACGCCCUUAAGUUCUCCAUAUUCUGAUAUCUUAUCACAUGAAAUACCGAAUACUUCUAUUGGUUUCAAUUCAAACAUUCGACUGCCUGGUUUAUCAUCGUAUAAUGGAAAUGAUUUUAUACGUCAAUCAUCUCCUAUCCCAUAUACUAAUCCUUCAGUAAGUUUUAGAAAUCAAGUAUCUUCAACGACUUACAAUCCGAUCUCAGUAAGUUAUAAUCCCGGAGCAUUGAACCAGCAUUUACCAAAACAAAAUAGUGUCGAUGAAUUUAAAGAAACAAAACCAGCAACAGAUUUGCAACUUCCGAAAGUUACACAUCCCACAGGCUUCCAAAAUUCUUAUGGAGAGCCUGUUGAUUCAUACCACUUAGAUAUUCCAUAUUCUGUUUCUGCAGCAGGUGCUGCAUCUUCUAAAAUAAAGACGGAAGUAUUACCAAAUACGUCUAUCAAAGCUCAAGGCCCAAAUAUGACGAUGUCUCUUUCGAAUCCUGCACCAUUUAGUCUUAACAGAGGUAGAAAUAUUCACACACUACAACCAGUUGCACUACCUAAUCUUAGUGUCUCACCUUUGCCUCCGAUUUUUAACGCACGACCUUUUCGGACCGUGACAACAAAAUAUUCACCGAAUAUUAUCCAAGGAAUAAAUCAUUUACAGACUGGAUCAAACGGAUUUAAUGUGGCAAAAAGUGUUCCUGUUGCAGAAUUUGUUCAUUCUAUAGACUAUCCUACAACAUUUAUAGAAUCACCUGUUAUCGACAUUGAUGAAUUAAAAAAAGCAAAUAAGUCUAAAGCUUAUAGAAAUAUUGCAAAUGGUUACGAAUUAGAUGAAAUACGUGACAUAUCUCCUCAAGCUUCCGAAGAUCACAUAUCUGCAGCAAAAUCAAAUCAAGACUCUAGUUUUGAAAAUGUUGGACUCAACAACGAUUUAUAUGAUUCAGGCAUCCCUUUUGACUUUAUACAAUCUCCUAAAAUUCCGUUUAAUCAUAAGAUAAGUUUUGCUGAUUUACGAGGCGUGAAAGAUGAAGAUGUGGACAAAUACCGCACUGAGAGUAAUUUACAGUAUAUUGAUUCCCCACUUCUGUAUUUAAAGCCAAGUGCCCCGCAUAAAAAUUACAAAAAAUUUAUGUUUACACAAACUACACCAAGUAAAGAAAACGAAUAUGAAAUUUACGAUGACUACCCAACAACUUCGCCACCAUCGCAUACUACUUCUUUAAAUCCUUGGGAAACAAGUAGGACUCAUGAUACUGAAGAUUCGUCUCAAUCCAUAACAGAGGAAGAAAAUAAAAGUCAGCCAAAAAUAGUUCAAAUUAUUGUUCCAUAUACUACUGGCCAAAGAAUAUACGAUGAUAACAAUUUUUCACCAAGUCAACCCGAUUUUACGAAUAACGAUCAACAAUAUCAAGCUCGGAAGAUCCAGUCAAACACAGAAAAUAGUUACAUUACUAUUGCAACAGAAAGUUACAGUAAUACAGUUACAACAACCGAGAUGCCAACGUCAACAACGAAUGACCACUAUGAAACAGAACGACUGAACACUCCAGCUGGUCAGAAUGACUUUUAUGAUGUUAAAGAACCGCCUUUCGAUAUCAUAAAAUUACAGCAUACAAUUGAUGACUGGACCGAACAAGAGUAUUCAAAGCAUUAUAGUAUCCCUCAGAGAACACGUUCUAAUGAAAAGUAUGCUAAACAAAUUCCUGAUGAGUAUUUCACUACAAUAAGUCCUAUAACAAACUAUGUUACUGAAAAUAACAAUUAUAAUUUUGACUCCUAUGAUCAUGAAGGCUCGAGCAGCAUUCAAUAUACAAUUACGGAGAAUCGAACCAAUCCUUAUGAAAUAAAACGUAAAGAGUACAAUGUUAUUAAGAGAAUAAAAAAUAGAUACGAUAGUGAUAAGAAUGAGGAGUCUGAAGGUAAUAAAAAACUACAUAUUUAUACAGCCCCAUCUACAUUUCGUACUACGACAACAACGACUCCUGCACCUUGGGGACUGAUACAGACUUCAAUAUCUCCCUUAACAAAUGAAAAGGUAUACGUCGUUACCUCUAAACCUUGGAAAGAAACUAACGAUUCACAAGAAUACGAAUACGAAGUUGAAAAAUUUGUAUCUAAGAAAGCGAAAAUAGAUGGUGAUGAUUCCACUUCACUAGAUGAUCUAUUAUUCCAUUCUCCCCGUUUUUCAAAUCGACCUUCGUAUGGAUUCACAACAGAUUCAUUGGAAUCUGUAAAGCCUAACUCGCCUUAUGGAUAUUCGAAGGGAUGGCAUCGAAGAAUAAAUAAUCUGGAGUAUCCUAAUUCGGCAUCUUACGAAGAGGACUCAGAUAAGGAAACUAAAACUGAACAAUCUUCAAUCACUUCCGAAUAA